CAGUAAAACUCGUUAUUAUGAAAACAAAAUUACGAAUCAAUCAAAACAUAUUAAAAUUUGAGGCUCAGCUCGUAUUCCCAUCGAAAAUGGCGCAGCAGAUGAGUGCAUUAGGGCAAGGGGUGGCCAGGCAGGCUGGCAGGCCACGCACCACCCCGAAAACCACCGCCGCUAACCACAACACAAAAUACAAAACACAAACCUUAAACAUCAGCAGUUGCUGAUGCAGAUACGGAUGUGUAUUAGCUACAGAUACAAGACCACUCAAAUCGCUCAAGUACUUGUAUCUGUAUCUGUAUCUGUAUCUUAUGCUGUGCGAGCUUCUGAGGGCCGGUUCCGUGUGUCAACUUCAAUUACUUGCGCUGCCUAAUCACGGUUCUAUAAGGGUAAUAACAAUGUGCAGCCUACCUGGUGUGCUGGCCAGAGGCAGGGCAACGCCUUUUAAACGCCUCAUUGCGCGCAAAUGAGAUUCGAGUGCCGCAUUGGAAACCGCCGCGAGAGAGGGAUAGCGAUACGCUGCCAUUGUGGUGCACAAAAUGGUGGCAGUUCCUGUGCCGACAGCGACCUUAAAUAGCCGAGGAUGCGCAAAGUACUGAACAGUAGCAAUUCAGCACUGACACACUCCAGGAUCAUCGACCAGGAUGAGUGAUUUUAGCAUUGACUACAUACUGAACCGUGCCGGCGAUAGAUAUGUCGGCACCAAUGCCUCUUUAGGAAUUCUGCAGCGAUUAAGAUACCAUCCCACAUAUCAUCCAUAUGCGCAGCCUGCCCUCAAGGAGCAGUUGCCACCAACAACAGCCGCGUCCAUGGAGGACGGCUCAGUGCCCAUGUACGACUGGUUGCAGUAUACACGUUAUCAUCCGCCUAAGCUGCCACGAGCGUUGCGUCAAGGCCCCGCCAAGCGCACACCUGGACGUUUGCCACGUAUUCCGUUUACGCCCGCUCAGCUACAGGCAUUGGAACGAGCCUACAAAGACUCCAACUAUUUAAGUGCCGAGGAUGCUAAUAAACUGGCCGUCUCACUGGAACUAACAAAUACGCGUGUGAAGAUCUGGUUUCAGAAUCGUCGUGCCCGGGAAAGACGUGAGAAGCGAGAAAAGGACGAGAGCUGUGACUCCACCCUCUCAUCCAAUGCAUCUAGUCCGGAGCUGGAGCAGGACAUGUUGGUCAUUGUAUGAACAGCAAAAAGGACCUAGAGUUAAAAUAAGAUUCAAUUUGGCUGUUACUGUGUAACUUGUGAUUGUAAUAGGGUUGACCACCUUUUGUAA